AAAUAUCAAUCGGUCGCAUUUUAAGUAAAGUGUAUUGAGCGCGCUUUAAAAGACAAACGACUACUCUUCGCUCUGCAAUCAGGAAAUAAAGUCACAACUAUUCGUCCUCUCGACAACUCGUCAUGAUUGUGUUCAACGUGCUGCUCGUCUUGUGUUCGGUCCACCCUCUCGCGAGUGGGGUGGGUUUUCACGGAUUCACCUUCCGCGGUUUGGAAGAGCCGGAGCCGAUAGGAUCUUACACAGAGAAAGUAAUCGAGGAUUGGAUUGUUCAACCGCUCGAUCACUUCAACCCCCGUGACAAUCGCACCUGGUCAAUGCGUUACUACGAGAACUCCGAGUUGCUGAAAGCAAACGGACCUAUCCUGAUCAUGAUCGGCGGGGAAUGGGAAAUAUCAACCGGAUUCUUGCUGGGAGGAUUGAUGCACGAGAUCGCGUCUGCUCACGGUGGCACGAUGUAUUACACAGAGCAUCGCUUUUACGGGAAGAGUAGACCGACAAAGAAUAUCAGCCCGGACAGCCUGCAAUACCUAAGCGUCGAUCAAGCGCUCGCCGAUCUCGCAUAUUUUAUCGAAACGAAGAAGAGGGAGAAAAAUCUGGAGAGCAGCCCUGUGAUAGUGUUUGGUGGUUCUUAUGCUGGCAAUAUGGCAGCGUGGGCACGUCUCAAGUACCCUCAUCUUAUUCAGGGUGCCUUAGCUAGCAGCGCGCCGGUUUACGCAAAAACCGAUUUCUACGAAUAUUACGAAGUCGUGACGAGAUCACUGGGCAAACACAGCAAGCAAUGCGUGACGGAUGUCAAGAGCGCGUUCGAGUCGGUAGAAGAACUGUUGGAUGCGCAAGGCGGUCCUGAGAAGCUUAAAGUUUACUUCAACUUGUGCCAAGUGCCGGAUGUGAAGUCUCCCAGUGACCUCGGUUACCUGAUGAAUUCGCUAGCAGAGGUGUUCGCUGAGGUCGUCCAGUACGAUAAAGUUGAGAAUGGUCGCACGAAGAUCGCAGCGUUGUGCGCCAACAUGACGGCGGCGCAUCUCGGCAGCCCUCUGCAGAGACUCGCGCGUCUCAUCGUGGACUCGGACAACUGUCUCAAUAUGAAUUACGAGAAUUUCAUAAAGACAUAUCGCGAGAUCUCGUGGGAUGCGCCAGCGGCAAUGUCUGUCAUGAGACAGUGGUAUUAUCAGACCUGCACAGAGUAUGGCUACUAUCAGACAACCAACUCGGAUAAGUCAAUCUUCGGAACGCUUUUCCCGCUGAAUUACUUCACUGAUAUAUGUAUCGAUCUAUAUGGCGAUUACUACAACGCAAAGUUGCUGGAUUCGCGAGUUAAGAGGACAAACAUAAUGUACGGAGGGCAGCAGCCGGAUUUAACGAACGUAAUCUUCACGAACGGAGAUAUCGAUCCGUGGCAUGCUCUAUCGGUUCUGGAGGAUCUUAACACUUAUUCACCUGCUAUUCUCAUCAACGGGUCUUCGCAUUGCCGCGAUCUCUAUAGCGACACAGCCACGGACGCGGAGGACUUGAAGAAAACUAGAAUAAAGAUCCGCGAGAUAAUCGGCAAAUGGCUCUCCUCGUGAAGAAAGUUGACGAUUUUUGGGACAAGGACGACGAGUAACGAGUUUUCCGUUUCUUUCCAAUGCAUGAAUUGUGAUAUGUUUACAAAAGAUAUGUACAAUACUUGAGAUACUUGUAUGUGUGCCACAAUGAACCUAAUCAUAGUAGCUACAUAAUAUAAAAAUAAUAUUAUGUCCACUUGAUA